AUGGCGAAACGACCUCUCACGCGCGACCUCCAAUUUGAAAAAAAGAAUCAGGACAUGGUCAAGCUCCCAAAAUAUGCCCGUAUCCAGAAACGCCCCAUCCCCCACCCCCCAAUCGCCUCCCCCUACGCUGGCCCCUCCACCCCCAAAACCGUCUACAUAUCCAGCAGCACACCCUUCAUGAGCGCCGUAAAACGCGUCCAAAAACUUCUCCAUCAAACCGAAAAGCGUGCCAUGGCAUCCGUGCAUCUGAGCCUGAGCAAUAAGACCAAGACUGAUAGACAGAAACUCGCGCAGAUGGCUGAGGGCCAUGAGAAGAUGCGGAAAGAGGCGGGGCAGGAGGAGAUUUUUAUUAAGGCUACUGGGAGAGCGAUGGAGAAAGCGAUGAGGGUUGGGAAGUGGUUUGGGGAGAGGGAGAGGGAGUAUGUGACGAGAGUGAAGACGGGGAGUGUGAUUGUUGUGGAUGAUGUGGUUGAGGAUGAGGAGGGAAGGAAGAAGGUUGUUGAGGAGGGGGAGAAGAUUGAGAAGGAAGGGGAGGAGAAGAAGAAGAAGAAGAAGGAGGAGGAGGAGAGCGGUGAUACUGAGUCGGCUGGUUCCAAGUCUGCAGCGAAGAAGAGGAAACGGGCUGCGGCGGCGGAGACGGAGGAGUUGCCUGAGUCAAGGACGCGGUGGGUUAAUGUUGUUGAGAUUGCGGUGACUUAUAAAUGA